AAAGCUGUGAGCUCACCCGGGACCAAGGUUGCUUCUUCCUGGAAGCUUCCCAGAAGCUGUGAUGCUUGACUCAUGUAGCUUGUUAGGCUCCCCUCCCUCACUCUCAUCCAAGAUAGUUAGCUUCAUUUCUCUCCUCCUGCUCCUCCUCCUGCACUUUUGACAGUGAGCGUUCCUCCACGCCAAGCAGCACCGAUCCAGAGAAAUAUCCGGGGAAAUUCAAGAAAGGUGAGGAAGACAGAACUAGAGCAGAGAGGAAGCGGAACAGGACACUAUGUUAUGAAGAUGUGAAGUAGGUGGACGACACCAUAACUCCAGCCACCAUGAGCUUAUCUUCUGCCAUUGGGGCUAUCAGUACCUUCAAUGAGUGUGUCACUUUCUGGCAGUGGGCCAGAUCUGCCAUUUCAUCACUGCACUCUCAAUGGAGUGGCUCACAGGAGCAAGAACUCCAGGGCCGUGUAUUGCAGUUGGAGAGUGGCCUACAAGUUCUGAGGGAUACUCUUCCUGCAAUGCACGACCUCAUUAACAAAGCAGAAUGGAGGAGCCACGAUGAUGCUGUGGCAAAACUCCUUCCCAGUCUCAAGGAUGCAGUGUUUGAUGCCGAGGACCUUAUUGAUGAGUUCAGAUGGUAUGAGAAGAAGGUGCAAGCGGAGGGCAAUGCAAGCCAGUCUCCUUUCAUUGACUUCUUUGACACCGUCAUCCAAGGAAGCUUCAACAAACUGAGUGUUGUCCAAUCAAGGUUGAAUCAUCUUUCGGUUCAGCUGGAGAAAAUGGAGCUUCGUGGAGUCGCACAACGCUUUGACACAUUAGUCAGGCCGGAGACCACCUCUUUGCUGAUUGAAACAAAAAUAUUUGGUCGUGACAAGGAGCUGAAGCAAGUAUUGGAAUUUCUCAAUGUGCCUAUAAAUUUAAAACGCAAGAGAGCAACUAGUUCAGUCAAUGCAUCAACAAGCACAUCAGCAAGCAACCAUGUUAAUAGUGAAUCAGGUCCUCCUGUUUUGGUGAUAGGUGGAAUUGGUGGGGUUGGAAAGACUACUUUGGCCCAACUUAUCUGCAGCCAUCAACCAGUGAGGUCACACUUUAAGAAGAUAAUUUGGAUUUGUGCCUCGGAUGACUUUGAUGUGAAGAGGCUAACUAAAAAGGUCAUACAGUCCUGUACUGGAAAGGAGGCUAAAACUGAUAAUUUGGAUUCUCUUCAGCAUGCUCUUUCUAACCAUGUGAGUAAUAAAAGGUUAUUGAUAGUCCUUGAUGACGUGUGGGAUGAUGCCUUGAAGGAAAAUGGGCAGUGUUGGAAGAGGUUUUGUGCACCUUUUAGAAGUGUCCAAGAGGGAAGUGCGAUGCUGGUCACCACAAGAUGUUCAAAUGUUAGUGAAGGGGUGCGCACAAUGGAGCCCGUUAUAUUAGAAGGCCUACAGGACACCAUCUUUUGGAAUUUCUUCAAAUCAUGCGCGUUUGGAUCUGAGGGUUCUAACAAUGAUCCCGAGUUAGAGUGCAUUGGUAGAAGUAUACUUCCUAAAUUGAAGGGCUCUCCUUUGGCCGCCAAAACUCUGGGAUGCAUAUUAAGCAUGGACCUUCAAGCAUCACACUGGAAUUUUAUACUUGAGAGUGAACUGUGGGAGUUGAAACAGAAGGAGACUGACAUUUUGCCUGCCCUUCGGUUGAGCUACAUGUAUUUACCAUACUAUUUGAAGCGAUGUUUUGCAUUUUGUGCUGUGUACCCCAAAGAUUACAAAUUUCAGAAGGAGCAUUUGGCUGAACUUUGGGCCGUAGAAGGCUUUGUGGAGCCUGAAAGUGGUGUUCCCAUUCAAAGCAUUGGAUGUCAGUAUUUUGAAGAACUCGUGGCACGGUCUUUCUUUCAAAAGGUUAGUGGUGGAUACGUGAUCCAUGACUUGUUGCAUGACAUGGCACAAAAAGUUUCAGAGCACGACUGCUUCAUCUUAAGAAAUAAGAGUGAUUUUGAUAAAGUUCCCCCAAAUGUUCGUCAUCUGCUCAUACACCCCGUGGGUGACAUUGACCAUUCCAACUUGCUGAGCCUAUGCAAGUACAAGAAGCUGCGUACCCUACUUUGCGAUGAGGUUUUUAAUGAAAAGAAAAAUCCUAUAAUGGGUAGCUGGUGUACUGAACUUCUCCAUAUGCGUGUGAUGUCUUGUCUCUACACAAAAAAGUUACCAGAUAAUAUUGGCAACUGGAAGCAUCUUCGGUACCUUCAAAUAUCCGGACCUUUCUCUUUGAAGAUUCCUUCAACUUUUUGUUGGCUAUAUAAUCUGCAGAUUUUAUAUGCCAGGGAAAGCAAGCUACAAAUCUUGGCCCGUGACUUUGGUAAGUUGAUCGGUUUACAGAAAUUCGAAACGCAAAAAUUAACUCUGAAUUCAGAAAAUCAACUGGGACCAGGAAUAAGGUUAUUAAAGAACCUAAAAUUUCGUGGAGCCUUGGAGAUAGCUAAUGUUGGCAUCCUAAGUAAUCAUCAUGCAGCAGAAGCAGAACUAAAGAACAUGAUAUAUCUUGAGGAGUUGAAACUGAAUAUCCAAAACAGAGAAGUGGUUGAAGUUCUACAACCUCCUAUCAGCCUCAAGUCUUUGUUCCUCCAGAAUUAUGGCGGUUCCUCACUCCCAAGCUGGUUUCAGCCACAAAACUUGCCAAGUUUAGAAUCACUUCAAAUUGAAAGUUGCGGUGGACCCGAGAGCAUGAGCUUAAAUGAGAUACCCGCAUUCCUGUCCCUCGUAGACAUGACAAUUAAAUGGUGACAAGCCUUGAGCAUUUUCUUCUUCCAGAUUAUGUACCAGCCAUCAGGAGAAUAAGUAUUGCCGAUUGCAAGAUGUUAGUGUCAGUACCAACUGAAAAGUUUGGGGAUUUUCAUUCCCUUGAACAACUACACGUAUGGCGCUGUCCAAACA